UUGGCUUGGUCAGGCAGCAGGGCCGACAUAAUUUCAUUCAGCAUUCUCGCGAUUCGGGGCGUCAGAGACGGAAAGGGAAGCAAUCUACGUCAUAGCCUUCGGAUCAUUACGGCGACCGCGACGGGCAUUCCCUUGGGCUGUGUUCUGCAUCGGAAAACUACGACAAUUGCAGUCUGGAACCGGAACAGAGCAGACGAUCGGACUUGACGGGAGUUUUAUACUUUGCGAGUGCUACCAAUAAGUGAUUCGUGCAUAUUAUUUUGUUGGUUAGAUGAACCUGGACACUUGAAAAAAUAUUGCGAUACCUACACAUCUGCUACAUCUCCAGGCUUGCGUGAAUUACCAAGCAGCUCCAUGAGUGGUUCAUUGUCUCUCGGCUCGACUCGGUAGAGCCCUCAGCUUCUCUCAGUGCUGUUCUCGCAGUUGCCUUCGAAGCUUAUCUAUCAUUACGCGGAGGAUCUCCUCCGAAGCAGAGGGUGUUCAGUCUUGAGCAGAUUUUUCUUCCAGAUAGGUGAACUGAAAAGCAGUGGGACAAACAUAUUGUCUCUUAAUCCAACUGGAAAAUUUUCCUCCAUUUUUGGUUUUUCAGUUCUCUUACAAGUGGUUUUUGGAUUUUCUGACACCAAAAGUGAUAGAAAAAACGCAUCCAGCAGGGACAGUGAAGUGAAGUAGUUCUUUGGACGGGUGGGGGCCGUCCCCCUGAGAAAGUGACAGUGGCUGGCAGGCUGGAAAAGUGCAAGUUUCCAGCAAAGAUGAUGGGAUUAAUGGAUUCCUGUUAACUUCCCGUUGGCUUUGGCCUCGGAACGAAUAUCAUCAUACACAUAAUUACUCUUGACGGCACGACCACUCAUCGCAAUCUACGUCAAACAGUCGCCAAUUUGGGCUAUCUGGAUACGGUUCCGGCGCCGAAUAUUAGCUCUAGUGUAGGUACUCGUCUCAUCCACUUCAGACGAAAUACUUCAUUCUACCGUACAACGUCCCAACACGUGUAGUUAGGCUCCUGGUAACACAAAUCCGACGUGAGUUAGUUUCUACCCUCUUCCCUCUUGACCCGUCAUCAACUUCCUCAGAAUAUCACACACGAAUCGAGGUCGAACCACCGAGUCCGGAUAGUCUCGCCCCGUCCGGGCAUAUACUACCCACAUCGAGACGGGAGCAGCACAACUUUAAAGUGAUGUAAUAAAAGCACAAUGUCAAAUAUUGACAUAUCGACGACAGCAGCAGCAGCAUGGACAAAUACUUACCAAAAACUGGUACAACGACUGCUUACGGUGGGAGUGCUGACCCUGGCCAUCCUGGGCAGUAGCACUGACAAGCUGGGCGUCUCGGCCGAGGGCAAUAUCGGUUGCCUCUUCGCCGAGACGCUCUGCCUCGAACAUCUAGAGUGGUGCUACGACGAUUUCGCAUUCGGAAAAUGUCUUCCACAAUACGGACUGGAACCGGAGGAGCUCUUUCGAGAACCUUUGGAUGAGGAACAAUCUAGGUUUUUGGCAGUAAUGUUGGAGGAUUUGCAAGGAGCUAGACUGGGAUGGGAACAUCCCUUUACCCAAUGUCGAAUGCAGGGAGCUCUAUUUGCGAUGCGAACCAACUCGGAAAUCCCUCGAAGUCUCUGCGCAAAUCUCGCUCCCGACCCGGAAGUUCUUGAUCCACAAAGUCCUCUGGCUUUCGUGCGGUUUACUCCUCCCAAUGAUGAGUACGCCGAUGAGGUGUACUACCCUCCACUAAAGAAAUCCCAAGGUCCCAAUUCGCGGUCUCCGAUCAGCGAGAAACGCUUCUUCGUCUCCGCUAGAAAACCUAGCAAGAAAUCCUCCCCUGAACUCGACGUUCUGUCGGAACCUAUACUUCCUUUGUACCCGAAAAAUCACCAAGUUCCGAUCGUUGAAGACAUGGUAUCCCUCCCACUCCCAAUUAUGGACCGGCAGUCUGAGCGCGGGAGAAACCGGCUCCGUGACAAUAAGAAUCGUGCCGCACUCAGACGUCUCGUUGAACAGUUCGAGUUCAGAUACCCUGGUCCGCAGUUAUAUCCCAGCCCAGACGUUACAGAUUACCUUGACGAUCCAUCUCCCAACGAAAUCGAGCAGUAUCCAUUGCGGAUAAAACCGGGGAUGUCUUACAAUGAGAAGCGUGAUCACUCUAUCUUCAAGGAACAAAAACCAGCCGAUGUCGAUGAGGAAAAGGCGCUGAAAAAGCUAGUCGAGAAAUUAACUCCCAUCGAUGUUCCGGACUACACCUUCAUCAAUCAGAAGACCUCGUCGUUUCGUGAGUACGCCAACAAGCAUCACAUCCCCAAGAUCUCCAACUUUGCUCCGGAAAACGUUAACAGCGUAGUGCAUGAAAAGGACGCUUCCAAGUUGGAUAAAUUCUACAAGAAGCCUCAUCACCAUCUAAAUGAGCUGAACGAGAUCCCGAGUACUUUCCGCGAGGACGCUCAGUUCGCUCCGUCGGAAGCUGGUCUCUACACUGAAGGUGGCUUCGUGUACGUUCCCAAACCAGGUAGUUCCAAGGGCAAAACCGAGGCACGGACCUUACUGGAUAACAUUCUCGGAUUCACUCGCCACGAACGAUUGGAUGUGAAGAAGCCAGGUCCACCAGCGGCACCUCCACCGUCAUCACAACCAGCCAACGAAUUGCCGAAAGAAGCACUUCCCAAUGAUACGGCGGAUGAUGAUGAUACCAAGAUGCCCAAAUCCAAGAAGGAACUACACCUGCAUACGGAAGAUGAUCAUGCACCGCAUUCGGUUGAUAGGGAGUACGCCCAUGUGAACCUUAAGAAUCCGAUCGAUAACUGGAAGGAUGGUGCGCGGAUUGUAACGGCAUUGGCAGAGGUGCUUCAUUUGCAAGGGUAUUUUACGCAUCCAAGAGUUGACCGUCAUGAGGUUUCCUUCCGCGUUGAAUCUAAUCCGGAGAAGAAAACCGCAGCAGAAAUUGCCAACCAGAUCAACAACGAUAGCCGUGUUAAAAACAAUCUCUUCCGGCGUUACGGAGUCUUGGUGACGCAGGCAGGUGUUGGAGACAAAACCAAGGACAAUGGCGACGGAGUUUCGUCGGAGCGGCACGUCGAAGAGGGUCCCGAUGUAACGCAUGUCAUGGCUUUCAUGUUUGCAGGAGCUGGUGCCGCAGCAAUUAUUGUGAUCGUGAUCACUUUAUUUCUCAUCAAGAAGCAUGACAAAAAGAAGGACAAACUAGGCGGACUACAGGCGGGGCUUUCCGGGGCGGACAGUUGCAGCAAAGACUACCAGGAUUUGUGUCGGGCACGAAUGGCGGGCAAGACGGGUAGCAAUGACUCACCAGGAGGGCGGAUAACAACACUAGCGAAGGAAGCCGAGCGGCCUCCAUCGUCCAGGUCCAGUACAUCGUCUUGGAGUGAGGAACCUGCGCUAACGAAUAUGGACAUCUCUACCGGUCAUAUGGUUCUGUCGUACAUGGAGGACCAUCUGCGGAACAAAGGACGACUACAGCGGGAAUGGGAAGCUCUAUGUCGAUACGAAGCGGAACCUAACGCACGAGACGCUGCAUUGCAGAAUCAGUGUGCUCCGUUAAACCGAUCAGGAGCUCCACUACCGUACGAUCACUCUCGAGUCGUGCUGAACCAUUUGGCCAAUGCGGAAGGAAUGGAUUAUAUCAACGCUUCAACGAUCACGGAUCACGAUCCUCGCGCUCCGGCUUACGUGGCAGCGCAAGGCCCGAUGCAGUCAACGCUGGCUCACUUCUGGCAAAUGGUAUGGGAGCAGGGUGCCGUCGUGCUGGUGGCACUGUGCCGACUCCAGGAGAACGGUGAAGCUGCAUGCGCCCGGUACUGGCCGGAGGAAGGUGCAGAAGUGUAUCACAUCUACGAGGUGCACCUGGUUAGCGAACACAUCUGGUGUGACGAUUACCUGGUGCGGUCGUUCUACCUGAAGAACCUUCGAACCGGAGAAACGCGUACCGUGACGCAGUUCCACUUCCUCUCGUGGCCUCAGGGUGGCGUACCGAUGUCGGCCAAGGCACUGCUGGACUUCCGACGGAAGGUGAACAAAUCCUAUCGGGGACGUUCGUGCCCGAUUGUGGUUCACAGCAGUAACGGAUCCGGCCGAACGGGCGCGUACAUCCUGCUUGAUCUGGUCCUGGGCCGGAUGAACAAGGGAGCUCGCGAGAUCGACAUAGCGGCCACCCUGGAGCACCUGCGGGAUCAACGGGCCGGACUGGUUGCCACCCGGCAGCAGUUCGAGUUUGUGCUGAUGGCCGUGGCCGAGGAGGUCCACGCAAUACUGAAGGCUCUACCGCAGAACUCCAACGCCAGUGGCGAGAAACGAUCCAGCGAUCCAACAACGACAACGGCUGCAACGGAAGGCAAAGACUCGACGGCGCACGGUAAGGAACAAGAGGACAACGAUGCAAAGAAGAAAGACGGCAAAACGGAGAAGUAGAGGAAACAUGGAGGAAGGAGCGUUGCAAGAUGAGUUGAUUUUAUUCGUUAGUUGAAAUUUUAUAGAAUGAAAUGUUAGUAGGAUGUAGAAAUAUUUUCAGUUGUUUGAGGUUCGGUUUUUGCCCCCCAAAAACUCGUUGCUCAAAGUGGAAAAGUAUCUUACUAUUUUCGUUGCACAAUUUCAUGAAUGAAUUUAUUUCAAGAGGAUAGUUUCAUAUUCAGUUGUUGUUAUAUUGUUUAGAUUUUUUUUUUUUCAUAAAAAAAAUGUUUCUAUAACAUUUGGUUUUCUUUAUUUGACGGAACCUGAAUCACACGAUACUAGAAAACCAAUGCAAACGUCUUAGGGAAUUUUGAAUGACACAAGAUGAAAACAAAACCAAAUUAUAAGACAUAACCGUUAUUUAAUCGAUCCUUAUAAGAGUAAUGGAACAAACAUACAUAAACAAAUAAUUAUUGUCUGUCAAUUUGCUGACUAGUUAUAGAGAAAAAAAAGUGAAUUGACAUCAAUUCCUAACUACACAAAAUUACGGGGGGCAAGCUUUUCCCCGUUCAGUUUCCGGGAAAAGCCCGCCACCUGGUAUUCAAAGUUUUUUUCAAGCAUCUAUUGGGAAACAUUUAAACUACAGUUGAUUACCAACAAACAACCUAACAAAAACGAAUAUAGGGACCGUAGUCGGCCGUUCCGACUAACAUCCGCCGCCAGCCAGCGUCCGCGGACGGUUCGACACGGUGCGAUCGAAUGGUUUACCAUCCAGGAAGUAAGAAUAUAAAUGUUAAGACACGUUGGAAACGUAUUUGUAGACAUUUAUGCGUAGACAAGAGAGAAUAAAGUAUACAAUAUAAGAUAUCAUCAUUUGAUUGUUUCUAUAAACUGUAAUAUGAGGCAACAGGUAGUUAAUACAACUUACUAGAGAACACAAAACUCACACAUAUGAAAACAGCGCAAACAUUGACAUCUAAUCACACAUACCAAGUUCACAUAUGUACCUCUAAAGAGAAUCUUUUUUAUGACAAAGAUGAAUUUUUAAACGACGUUGGCAAUGAAGACGACCGAAUUAGGAAGUACACAUUUUGACUGGGCUGUCGCACAGAUCAAACGGAACUGUUACGAAUCAAUUAAAACGUUAACAGCAAAUGCAAACGGCAUAGUAGGCAAUGGAUCUUAGGAAACGCAGCUUACUUUGACGACCACAAAAGCAGGGUGGCAUCUGGUGACCAAUUGGAGAAGCAAUUUGAAGCUAAAUUACGCAGUAAAUCAAAUCAGCCAAACUGUGGUGUCUUCUUAUGUGAAACGUUUUUGAGAUUUUUACUCGUGGUAAUCUAGAAUAAUAUUCGUUGAAAAAUAUAUGUUCUCCUGAAAUAAAAACAUACAAAGUACAUGAACGCAUACAACGUCGUGCUAACAAGCUUUAUAGUGACUCUGUACAGCUACAAUUGUACAACAAUAGAAAAGAUGAACAAUAGUGCUAAUGGUUACUUGGAAUCAUCGGAGUGACACGUGGUUUUAGUGGCGAAUGAGAUCUAUCCGGAAUCAACAAUGAAUUGCCCCAUAAUCAAAGAAGGCGGCUUCCAUCAAAGUGUUCUAAGUGUCAAAACAAAGUUUUUCUUCCAGUUAUUGAAUGCGUCAGCAACACCUACUGGUCAACAUGUGACCGCUAUUUAAAUCCAUACACACUCGAAUUAUCUCUCUCACAUUUGCAAAAAUUUUGGUGAAAAAAUCACCAAAAUAUGGAAAUUAUUUUGAUAAAAUAUUUAACCGAAGUUUUUCAAAGCAAAAGGUUUACUUUAAAUCGUCAAAAACAUUGCCAAGAUCUCAGUAAUUGAAUUCCCGGCGGUCAAACAAUUUCGAAUUUAGACGAUUUAUCUAAAGUUGUGUACGUGAGCAAAAACCCACGAGCAGUAAAACGACAUGUCAAGGGUCAUGAAAAAGGGUAAUUCUUCAAAACCAAUAAAACCAACAAUAAGUUCCAUCUCAGUUUGGCUGAUCAAGGUCUAGUAAAAACUUUACUGUAUGCUUUUACAGGAUUUGAGCAGCAAUUAUGAAAACAAUGAGAUAAAUAAUGAAAAAGGGAUGAAGUAACGGAACGUUGACGCGACAGCUUUGACAGAGUGUAUAUUUUUUAAUUCCACAUUAGAUUUGACAACUCGCAAGCAAAAGAGAAGACUUCACAUUUAUUUUUCAGUACUAGUCACCUGCAGAAGAAAAGAAACAAAAACUAGUCAAAACCAAGAGACAAGCGAUUGUUCGAUGAAAAUGAUGAACAAUAAAAUUAAGUAGCUUUUAAUGGUAAAGAAAUGGCUCUUCACGCAUUUCUCAAACAUUAUACAUAAAAUAAAGCAGAAAUCUAUUUAGAGUUGUAAGACACAAACAUUUACAGCAAAUGGUACAUUUUCGCACGUCUCCAGAAGUAAGAUGUAUUGGUAUUGAAUAUUAAUGAAAUGUAUAAUGUAAACAUGCACGCAAACAUAAACAAAUAUAUAUUGGCUCACUGCUUCCUGUCAAAGUAUCCUAAACUAUCCAGCCAGUUUAGGUUCGUUGACAGGAGAAAUAAAUAAAUAAAGAACUUUUUAGCUAUUUUCCCUUUCAAAGAGUAACAUAAGGUUCGGCGCGAGUAGGGACAAAUUUUCGCUACCACUUCCCAUUUCUUAUGUUCAACAAUUUCGGGGGCCAGACCGAAUGCUUAAUUAACCCAUUACACAUUUGGGAGUGCGCAAAAAUUUGUCUCGGUUUCGUUGCUCGGAACCGAGCGCUGCAGGUGGAUCAAAAAAAAGUAUAAAAGUAUAAAUAUAUGAAUAAAAAAAUUAAAAUAAAACAAGAAUGAUAACAUCCAAACGAGGCAACUAUUUAUUUACACAUUUGAACUGUCAAACGAGUUAUGCAGAGACUGACAAAUGUCUACUUUUUGUACUUCUUUGAUUUUUUGCUACUAGACUAUUGUUCCGAUAUCUCCUACAGAGCAAAGAUUUACUUGUUUUAAAAAAAAAACUAUCGUUUGUGUUAAUUUCAGUCUACAUGCAUUCACGGUAAAUGACAUCAUUUACAAUCGGAACUCUACGAAUUAAAAGGAGAAUACCUUACAAAAUAUUCUGUGUAUCAAGUUUUAAAAACUAAAAACGCAUGAAACUUUUAAAUUCCUUAUUCCUAAUAGACGUAUUAUUAUAUAUAUACAAUACAGAGAAUCAUAUACAUAAGCAAAACAAAGAAACGAGUAUAUACAAAGUUAUCCUAAUAACACAAAUCACAAAAUGGGGCUUAUUAUUAUACAUUAAUCAUUGUUUAAUCAAAGGCAUCUUAUUAAAAUCACAAUCAGUUGACGGUGAAUAUUCGUUGUUUAGUGAACGCCACACUGCGGCAGUGCCCGCAGGGAUUCCAGAGUGCAGCUGUCAAAGGCAACACUGGCAUCCCUGACGCCGGCGCAACUGUCAGUGGGGAUAUUGCUGUGAGAAGAGAAACAUUGAAGGUGUUGAAAAACAUUUCAACUAGAAGAUUAUAUGGAAACCUUAACACUUAGGGCAAUGGAAGAAGAGUUAUAGACAUUAUAUAUUCUGUGGAGAAUAAACAAGCAAAGAUAAAUAUUCAUAUAUUCUUGUGUAUAAAUGUCCACACAAACUAAAGCAAACUAAUCUUAUCAGAGAACGGAGGAAACGCAGAACCGGCUAUAAAGUGUAUAUCAGACAGUCCCAAUAUGUGUGCGAAUUGUGCUUGUGAAAAUGAGCUAGGUAUGAAUUUAUGUGUUUUCAAGUUAUGAACCACACAAAAACCCCUAACAGUUUGAACAAUAAAUGAAUGGAAAACACAAAAAGAGAAACACCUGAAACUUUAUUUUUCUCCACUUUUCCUUCACAAACACAUUUCAAUAAUUUUAAUCACUGAAAUAAAAAAAAUGAAACAAUGGCAACCCGUCACAGGAACAUGAUAUGAACCAAUGGCAUCACGGAAUGGAACGAAACGAACUUCAUUUGGAUAAAAAAAAAUUAACACAUUCAUAUACCGUAACGUUUAUCCCAGAAAUACCACUCUCUUUCAUAAAAUUUACAAUGUUUCUAAUCCCAAGAGAAGAAAAAUUAUUGCUAAAAAUAAUCAAGUCAGAAGCCACCCACAGAAAUCUUAGAAAGAAAAGUUUCGCCAACAUGUCAGCAAGAAGAACCUACAAAUUAGCACCGGAGAAGAGAAAGACAAUGAACAAAUAUCAAACUUUGAACCAUCUCGCCACAAAUUAUAGCUGCACUGGCAACACUGGAGUAAAAUAUGUAAACAAAUCACAUCUACUAUCCUCUGUUGUAUAUUGGCAGCAUAUAUACAAUAUUAUACAAAAGUGAAUCCGACAUAAACUAAAAAAUAGCAACAAAUAAAGUAAUCCCCAAUGGAUCAUGACUAUUAACUGCAUGGAGAUAUAACUCAACACACACCCCCCUCCCACGUACAUGUGAUUCUCUUCACUCUGAUUUGAACGAAAAAUCUUAUGAUGUAAUUAAACAAAAAGUAGAACAUUUUGGAGGAGUGCUUCGAAGAACCGAGCACCAUGGAUUCAGAGUUAUUGUUCUGUAACCCAAAAAGUGUAAAUGUUGUGAAAUACCUUUUUGCCUGAGAUAGCGAAGAAAAUACACUUUAAACAUACAUACACACAGACGUACACACUUACACACAUACAGACACACAUACAAUUUAAUGAACAAAAAAAUGAGAUUGACAUAACAGAAAAAGAAUAAUAAUGGAAACAGAAGAAAAGAAGAAAGUCACAUUACAUCCACGUGGCAUACAACCAAACCAUUGGUAAUCAAAGAAGUGAUGUCGGCCUGAUGUCCGGGAUUAGAGAGUGGUUAAUAUCAUGAUAAGUUGAAGAAUACAUCUCGGGGAAGAGGACAGAAGGAUUUGAGGAAAAAUAAAGUCCAUUUAUGACAGUCGAGAGAAACAAAA